AUGGAAAUGUCUGAACGCUGGGAUGGACCGAUGUCAGUAUCAAUUUUCGCACCUGGCCUUGAUGCGAGUUUUGCUGAUGAUGCGAUCGACGGCUUACGACUCUGCUGGCCUGUUCUCAGAGAGUUUAUGACAUUUCAUCUUGUGUAUCCAACCGAUACGCCGGCAAAUAUGACAAAUACAGGCACAUUCGCGUACCUUUCUUGUAAGGACAUUACGAGGCGAUUGAUGACGCAGAAAUCUGUCAUGCAAACGGACGAAAACCUCGCGUACAAUAUUCAGUAUCCUCACAAUCUACUGCGGAACAUCGCUAGAGAAGGCGCUCUAACUGAAUUCGACCUCGUUGUCGACGCGGGCAUGAUUCCAUCGGACAAUCUUCGUCCACUUUUCAUCGAAUUCGCAAGAGUAAAUGGGCUCUUUUCGAAAGUUGGAGAGGACGAAACUCCUCAAAACAUUGCAUACGUUCUACCUACUUACGAAGUUCGGUCGGAGGUCCGGCUCCCCUAUACGAAGAAAGAGCUCCAAGGACUUGUAAACGAUAAAAACGCCCGAAUUCUGAUGCAAGAAACUUGCUGGUUCUGCCAAAAAGCCACCGACUACGAUAGAUGGAUUGCAGAAUCUGCACAAACAGACUUUGGUGUUUCUUAUCCAGUGCCAUUUACGAAAACUUGGAUGCCAUUUUUCAUUUCUAAAAGAAAAACAACGCCGAAAUUCGACGAGAACUUUUACUACUACGGAUACGAUCGGCUGAUACAAAUCUGCGAGAUGAAAAUUUCCAGCUUUUCUUUUCAAGUUCUAUCUCAAGGAUUUCUCGUCUCGAGGGGCUACAAAGUAAAGGCAUCUCUAUCAGCAGAAGAAAAACGAGUCAGGGAUGACUGGAAAGAGUUCAAAGCGGACUUCCAAAAAGCGCUAGAAAAACAUGGACACACUGAUGAGGCGUAUCAACAGUGUUAG